CACACACCAUCUGUCCAUUUCCUCGACAUAUGUCCUGAAACAUUCUUGUCUUUAGCCACAUAAUUAGAGCCUAAUUCGAUCGUGUAAUCGACCAAGGUCCAUGGCGAUCAGGUCUUUGCUGCUCCCUCUAGCCCUGCUGGUUCUUGCAGCUAGCUCGGCUGCGGUGGCUGAGCUGAAGAUCGGAUUCUACACCAAUACAUGCCCGGACGCCGAGAAGAUCGUCCGCGAGGAGAUGGCCAAGAUCAUCGCUGCUGCGCCCAGCCUCGCCGGCCCGCUCCUCCGUCUCCAUUUCCACGACUGCUUCGUCAGGGGUUGUGAUGCCUCUGUCCUCCUCGAAUCCACCGACGGCAACGUGGCGGAGAAGGACGCCAAGCCCAACAAGAGCCUGCGAGGGUUCGGCUCCGUGGAGCGGGUCAAGGCCAAGCUCGAGGCCGCGUGCCCGGGCAUCGUCUCGUGCGCCGACGUGCUCACCCUCAUGUCCCGCGACGCUGUCGUGCUGGCUAAGGGCCCCUUCUGGCCGGUGGCGUUGGGAAGGAGAGACGGCAGAGUAUCCAGUGCCAUAGAAGCCAGCAACGAGCUGCCCCCGGCCUCCGGCGACGUCCCUCUGCUCGCCAAGAUCUUCGCCUCCAAGGGCCUCGACCUCAAGGACCUCGUUGUCCUCUCCGGCGCCCACACGCUCGGCACGGCGCACUGCCCGUCUUUCGCCGACCGGCUCUACAACAACACCGGCGGGAACGGUACCUAUGGCCUCGUCGACCCGUCUCUGGACAGCAACUACGCCGACAAGCUGAGGCUCAAGUGCAAGAGCGUUGAUGACCGCACUAUGCUGUCGGAGAUGGACCCCGGGAGCUUCAAGACCUUCGACACCAGCUACUACCGCCACGUCGCCAAGCGGAGGGGCCUCUUCCGCUCCGACGCGGCUCUCCUCUUCGACGACACCACCAAAGACUACGUCCAGCGCAUCGCCACCGGCAAGUUCGACGACGAGUUCUUUAAGGACUUCAGCGCGUCCAUGAUCAAGAUGGGCGACGUCGGCGUGCUCACCGGAGCUGAGGGAGAGAUUAGGAAGAAGUGCUACGCCCCCAACUAGCGUUCGUUGAUUCUUAGUUGCUGUAAUUAAGUUGUGAAUGCACGAGAUGGUGUGUGUGCAUGCGCCAUCUGAUAUUAUGCACUGUAGUGCGAUGUAUUAUUCUCACUGCUAUAGAGUAAAUUAUGUCUUCAUCCAA